AAUCACCAAAAGUCAAAAUGAGAACAUCUUAGGCGGACGGAGGGAGUAUUAAAUAGUUUCGUUUAAAUUUAGUUAAGUUGACAUUCUAUCCUAAUUUAUUAUUACUCCUUAUUAGAAUACAUAAAAAUAUUCUUAACCUUCAACCACAAAUUUGAGUUUUUGGUUUAGUUUGUUGAGUUGCUUAGUGGCAUUCCUAACUAUAGUUAAAAUUAAUUCAUUAACGCGCGCAAAGUUAUGGUGGCUUUUGAUUCAGCAUUCUCAUUCAAGUCUUAUGCAGUUAUGUUACCCUGCCCCUAUAUGCCCUUGUUACACAGGUAUGCCAUUGAUUAUCAGGGAGUACUAAUUACUCCCUCCAUUUCAAAAUAACUGUCUAUUAAGGUUUAUUAGAUGCAUUAGAUUUUGAAUGAAUGUAGACAUAUUUAAAUCUACAUUCAUUCAAAACCUAAUGCAUCUAACAGUAAUCCUGGAAUGCAGGAAGUACUAUUUACGUGAAGAUUAUCGUUUUUAAUGCAUUUUUUUUGUAAUUUAGUGCAAAUGCUGUUUCUUAUGUUAAUUACAUUAUGUAGAUGGGUUCGAAGAUGAAACCAACAAUCUUCAACGAGAGAAUAGCGACGGCGUUAAAGGAGUGGCACCACGCCGCGAGGAAGCGCGUCAAAGAGAGUCAGAGCAGGAAAACCAGCCCCACCACGAGCCCGAUGUCGAGCCGGACGGGAACGCCGUCCCACCACGGCAUGUCUCCCGUACACCUCCUCCGCGGCAACCACUACCGUAGCGAAAUGACCGAUUCACCCUCCGCGGCCGCCACUCAAUCGACGCGGCCGUACAAAUCUUAUUUUGACGACGAGCGUUGGGGGAACAACGGUGACUCGCAAUCUCCCCCGCGUUUCUUCUUUGACAUUGGCAGAGACGGUGGACCGUCUUCUUCUUCUCACGAGAUCAAACGCGAUCAUGGUAAUGGACUAGGGAAGAAGGUUGAUGAUGGGCCCACAGGCUCAUAGCCUGUGGUCCCAUCCCAACAUGAGAUCAAUGUGGAGGAACAAAAUGAUUUUUCAUUUGAUAAAAGGUUGGAGUGAUCGAACCCUAAUUAAGUGGUCAUCAACCUAUUUAAUUUGCUUGUACAUGCCCAAAUGUUUCUUUUCUUUACGUUUUGUUAGAUUUGAACCCGCAAGAAUUCUGUUCUAAUAGGGCUACAAUUCAUUAAAUAUUGCUUCUGUCU